AUGUCCUGUGUCUGUGCGCGCACCGCGCGGGGCGGGGCGGGGCGGGAGGCGCAGGGCGGCUGUCCCGGCGCUCGGCAUUCCCCGGCGGAAGGCGGGAGCAGUUCCGGGGCGGGCGGCGCAGGGGUCGCGGCCAUGGCGCGCCGGCAGAAGGUGAAGGCGGCGGCCGCGGGCAAGCGCAGGGCUCCCGCCGCCCUCCCCAGCCCGGCCUCCUCCUCGGAGGACGAGGCUCCGGAGGAGGUGUCCUUCGGCGUGGCGAGGGAGGCGGCCGAGGCCGAGCGGAAGCUCGUGGGAGAGGCGGCUCGGAGGCACCGGGAGCUUCUGAAGGAGAAGCGGCGGCGGCACCAGGAGCUGUUCGCGGAGCAGAAGAAGCGCAGGCUGCUGCCCGAGGCCGUGCUGCAAGAGCUGCAGGAGCUGCAGGCUGUGUCCGCACGGCCCGCUGAGCAGGCUGCAGCAGAUGACCCAGUUCCUCUAGAUGAAGAACUUGAAUCUGAGGCUGUACAGCUGGAGCAAGGCCAAGCAGAAGUGCAGGAGAAGAAAGGCAAGAGGAGCAAGGGUGCCAGGACAAAAGGGAACUACGUGGCUGUGUGCUUGAAAGACCACAGUGCAACAGGCCUCCACCAACAGCUGGCCAAAGACUUCCUAAAUGCUCAGCUCUAUGGGCCGCACACCAACCGGGUACAGGCAAAUGAAUUUUUUUCCCUUGCAAACAAGAAAGCCCCCGUCAAAAAAGCUGCCGUUCAGUUUGUGGACAAGUCUUGGGGGCAAGAUAAAAAGGAAAAAGCAGCAAGGUUUAAGAAACGCUGGCUGGCAACGCAGAUUAAAGAUGGAGUCUGAAGACAGCUUUUUCAGAAGAUGCUGCUAAGGACUUUUAGUGACAGUUGAUCUCAACACAGCACAGGUGUUUUUCCCCACUUCAUCAUGACUUUACUUUCAGCUCCAGCCAGCAGAAGGCACUGAGCUGUGCCUGAUCGGACUUCCCUGUUCUCUCCUCUCCCCUUUCCGAAGUUCUUGGGGAAGCUACAGAGCAGCCAGGCCAGUGUUGUGGAACAGCUGGUGCUAGGACCAGGCUUGCUGAGCUGCCUCUGUGAGGCAGUGCCUUUGCAGAGAAUAAACGUGAGCAGUGUUGUAGCUACUGUUGUGGAUGCUGCAGUCCUUACAGCAGGCAGUUAUUCCUGCUGCUUCAGUCACUUGUGUCUCUAAGGAAAGGCUGUACCCUAACAGCAGAAUCAUUAAAUCAGCUCCCACAGCAGGA